UUCGACGUUUACCGGAAUUCUCUUCCCCGACCAUGAAAUUCUUGAGCUGAGCCUCCUUAAAGGAUUUCCGAUGGAUUGAAGACUUCGAAUUUAGCAUGCCCUUCUAGACAGGUUUUUAGUGGCUUGAUGGCUGAGGAAGUUGUUACAGAAGUGCUUCAAAAAGCUGGUGAGACAGUAUGGGAUUCUAUCCAACGAAUCACUGAGGCUUCAAUGUGCAUGAAUCGUAACUAUUCACUUCUUGAGGCGAAAAUGAAGACCCUCUGCGCAUUAAGGGACGAUCUGAAAGAUAGAACCACCAAAUACAAGUCAACAAAGAAGCGAACCAUGGAUGACUGGUUUCAUAGGGUGAUGGUUGCUGAAAAUCUUGCAGAAGAACUUCACAACAAGUUCAUAGAGUUGGAAGAAAGCUCAAGAUUGUUUCAUGUACUUCCCAGAUCAAAGUUGAGCAAACAAAUGGCAAGCAUGAUUUUAGAAAUAGGCGAAUUUUUAGUAGAGGGCAAUCAAUUGGGUGAUACCUUGGUCCACAAAGUUGCUGAGCCGGUAGUGAAGGUGACAGCGCCAGAUAUCUCUUAUAUUCCAACCCUCCAAGGCGCUUUGGACAAAAUACUGCAAGAUCUGACAAAUGAAGAUCUUAAAGCAAUCAGGGUGCUAGGAAUGUUGGGGGCAGGGAAAACUACGAUAAUGCAGAAUUUGAAUAACCAUGAAAAAGUUGCUAGUAUGUACGAAAGAGUUAUCUGGGUGACGGUGUCAGGUGAGGAGAAUAACAAGGAGAAUUUGAGCACAGAGAUGCUGCAGCAUAUGAUUGCAGAAAGACUGAUAGUUGACACAGAAGGCGCCACAGAUGUUACCAAAAUCGCAAGGAAAGUAAAGGAAGAACUAGAGGGUGUAAAGUACUUGCUUCUCUUGGAUGAUGUCAAAUCAGAACUUGAUUUAGACAUGAUUGGUAUUCCUGAAGGUGCAAAAGGCAGCAAGAUAGUCAUGACAACCAAAUUUCGGCAUGUUCGGCUUCCUUCAUGUUCCAACAUUGAAGUGAAAAAGUUAUCUCAAAGUGAGUCAUGGAACAUGUUCCAUAAGCUAUUGGAUCUCCACGAUGAUAUCAAAGAUAAGCCACAGCUUGAACGCACUGCUCGCAAAGCUGUCUCCUUGUGUGCCGGUCAUCCAUUAAUGAUAAAAAUGGCAGCACGUAUCUUCAAAGCAAUAGAGAAGCGUGAGCUUAGUGAGAUAAGUUGGAGUGACGGAUUACAAACGUUAAGAAGGUGGCCACAAAAGGGAAAUAAUGAGCCAAUGAAAGACUUGCUUAAAUUCUGUUGUGAUCAUUUGGAUCAUGAACAAAAGCCAUGUUUUCUUUACAGUGCGCUGUAUCCAGAGGACACUGAAAUUUUCACGGAGGGCUUAUUGGACUGUUGGGAGGCUGAAAAUAUUCUCAAGAGUAGUGAUGAUGCAAAAAUCAGUGGACGCAAUAUAUUGCGUCACCUCAAAAAUGUAAUUUUACUUGAGGAAGGUGCAACAGGGCGAUAUGUUAGGAUGCAUAAAGUGAUCCGAGCAACAGCGUUAAAUCUUUUAUCUGAAGACAGGAAAGAUAGGUGCUUGGUGAAAACAAGUGAAGCCCUUCAAAAACCGAAUGGUGGUAUGCCGAAGCGUCAGUGUGUGGAUUUGUGGACAGAUAAGGAAUGGAUCUCUUUAGCCAACAAUUCACUCGAUACCUUACCUGAUGCCCCCCGUUCGUCCCAGCUUUCUACACUUUUUGUCCAGAAAUAUUCAAAGCAUAAGAAAAUUCCUGAUUCCUUCUUUCAACACAUGCACAGCCUUCUGGUUUUAGAUCUUUACAUGACAGAAUUGACAACACUGCCAUCAUCGCUAUACAAGCUGUCAAAUCUGAAAGUUCUUUAUCUAAAUGGUUGUACUGCAUUAAAGGAGCUUCCUGGUUUUAUAGGACAACUUAAGUCUCUCGAAGUGCUUGAUAUCCGUGGUAGUGGAGUUGGUAAACUACCGCAUCAGAUUGAAGGCUUAACCCAGAUGAGACGUUUGUUAGUAUCCUUCACCAUGUCAACUCAAGGAAACUAUGAUUCUAUAUUCAAGUUGUCAGGACUUGAAGAGUUGAUCAUUGAUGUGGAUUCAGAAAUGGAAGAUUGGUGCAAUAAGUUGAUUGAAGAUGUGGUUGAAAAGGUUAGUACACUUCCGAGGUUGAUUUCCUUUCAGUUUUGUCUUCACAACAGAGUUAUAGACGUAAUACAAGUUGUAGAUGACACUGUGAAGAUCUACGUGCCGAAAGAACACCAUCUUCGAAGUUUUCUUGAGCGAAGGCAAGAUCUUGAAACACGCUCCUUUCAAGUUUACAUUGGCUGCUUCAUUUCUCGUGGCCCUGAAAUUCCUGAAUUCUACCGUUAUGAUAGGUACGUAAAAUAUGACAGUGGGUGGGGCCAAAAUGAUGUGAUCAAUAAAGUACUCACCAAAGUACAUGCAUUUGAGUUAAUCAACCACAAUGAUAUUGAGCACUUAUCUAGCAAUGCCAUUGAAAGCAUGGACUAUGUUCAAGGUUGUCUAAUUCAAAGAUGCAACAAAAUGAGGACAAUAGUGAGGAGUUAUUGCACACGAGACCGAUCAUUGUUGCCUAAUUUGGAAAGAUUGGAUGCAAAAGACAUGCCAAAAUUGGAAAAGAUAUGGGAGGGCCAUGUGCAACUGGGGAGCCUCUCCAAACUAAAGACUCUAGUCCUGCGUAAAUGCCCAAUGCUGACUAUAGUAUUCUGCAAUGUUAUAGUUCAGCAGCUUCGAGAACUCCAAUAUUUAGACAUUGAAGAUUGUUGUAGGGUUGAAGAGAUUGUUACGUGUUCUCAGGAUGUUAGUCCGUAUGUCGUUCCUAAACUAAGUACGCUGAUUCUUUGUAAUAUGCCAAGUUUAAGGAAGAUAUGCUCUACUUUGGAUUGGACAUCCUUGGAGACCUUAAAGAUACAUGAUUGUCCCACAUUAAAAGAAUUGCCUUUUGAUAGCAACACUGCAAUGAAGAUUCAGACCAUUGAAGUGGAGGAAGAUUGGUGGAAGGCAUUGCAAUGGUCAGAUUCAGAAGUCAAAGAACAGCUUGGCAGCCAACAUAACAAUUUGGCCACGAAGCAUGUCAACAACAGCCAUCUCUUCCCAAAGGUAACUAGUAUUCAUUCUAAAUCUGGUUGCUGAGAUGUGGAGGUAGGGUCCUCACUUUGUACUCUGCUGUAGAUUCCUUUGCAGUGUGAACAGUAACAUGUGUGUCCUCGAUUCAUUUCUGUAUACUUAUGAUUGAAACAUCUUGUAGGUAUCAUUUUGGUGUAAACAGUAUCAGGUUUAUAUAUGUAAGAAAUAAUUUGAUGUUA